AUGUCGAUGGUCCAAUUUCCUUCUCCGCAAGAAAAUUUACUCCCUGAAGAUAUUAUACUAGUUGAGUCUGCAACAAAUUCUCAAGAUGCCACAGUUCUCGAUAGAAUCAAAGGCUCACUCGUUGGUCUUGCAGUCGGUGAUGCUGUUGGAGCAAGUGUAGAAUUUCGUCCUCGAGACUAUCUGGUUGCUAAUCCUGUUCAUGACAUGAUGAGCGGAGGUACAUGGGGCUUGAAAGCUGGUAAAUGGACAGAUGAUACGUCUAUGGCUUUAUGUCUUGCUUCAUCCCUUAUCACACAUAAAGGUUUCAAUCCUUACGAUCAGAUGGUUCGCUAUAAAUGGUGGUACAAAGAUGGGUAUUUAUCGUCUACGGGAUAUUGUUUUGAUAUUGGUAAGGCAACUCGCGAUUCAUUAGAAGAGUUCCAAAGGCGCCAAAACCAACUGAAGAAAUUAUUUAAAUGUCGCACACAAUCUGACGUUGAUCAAAUACCGUUCGAUCGCAUUACGGCCAUCGGAUUUGAUAUAAACUGUAGUCAAUCAGGUGCCGCUGGAAAUGGUGCACUGAUGCGACUUAAUCCUGUACCGCUCUUCUUCUAUAGAAAACCGAGCCAGGCUGUUGAACUGUCAGGUGAGAGUGCUCGUCUAACACACGGUGACGAAGUUGCUGUCGAUGCAUGUCGCUACUAUGGAGCAUUGAUUGUUGCAGCUAUUCUUGGAGAAAGUAAAGGAGAUCUUCUUAGCGAUCAAUUUUGUCAAAUUCAUAUGAGUUGGUUUAACUCUCAAAAACUUGAUAGCGAUAUUCUUCGUGUUGCUGCUGGAUCAUUCAAAAAGCGAAGAGGUUAUGACGAUGGAAUUCGAGGGAAAGGACAUGUCGUCACAUCGCUCGAAGCCGCUCUGUGGGCGUUUUGGAGCACGAAUAAUUUUAAAGAAGGUGUGCUCAAUGUUAUUAAUCUCGGUGAUGAUACAGAUACUACAGCAGCAAUCUAUGGCCAAUUAGCGGGUGCAUACUAUGGCUAUGAUAAGAUUCCGAAUGAUUGGAAAGAUAAAUUGUACGCCAAUAAGCUGAUCGUUUGUAUCGCUGAAUGGUUACAAGUUUUAGGUCAGCCAGAUACGCAACCAGUCCAACGACAAAGAACAAGUCGAAAUGUGUCUGCUAUUCAGCAAACAACAAACCACAUCGAUGUGAAUUUGCAAUCAUCUAGAGAAUUCAAAUCAAUGAUUAGUGAAAACUUGCAACAAAAUCAUCAUGAAAAAUCUAGCAAAACAGUUCCACGAUAUCCUCGUUCAGGAAUUCUUAUCCAAUAA